AGAUGCAGUUGUUAUGAUUCGCGCGACGUAAACAUACGGAAUCUGGACGCACGUCGACUGAUGUGAAGAACUGCAAGAUGUGCCUCUGAAUAGUUUUUUGAAUCAAAUUGUUUAACAUGUACCACGAUAAAUUGUUAUUUUAUCUAUGGAAUGUUAUCCUAGUGGGACGCUCCUUUGCGAAUCCAGACACGUUUGAAGUACAAGAUACCAACAGUAACAGAAAAUUCAAUUUACUGGACUUGCUGAAGGAUUAUGAGGAAAGUGAUAGAGAGCAGCAGCGAAGAGGUUUUACAGAAGAACCAGUUGAAUCUUGGACAGGUAGAUGGUUUCCAGCUAGGCCCGAUGAACCUGCAUUACCUCCAAAAAUAUUUCCAAAAGUCAGCAAAAUGGAAAGUAAUGGAUCACAUCCUGGUAGUGACCAAGUACCAAUGGGAGUCCAGUCAUCCACUUGUGAUGAUGGCAAGACUAAUUUAACUAUUGAUUGGGACUAUUCCCUGUCAAGUACAACAUGUUAUGGGAAAAUGACAAGACCUAACCUCAGGCUACUUCCAAAAAUUAUGUGCAAAACUAUUCCUAAAAAUUAUGUGGCAAUGCACAAAUGCAUGAGCGAUGUCAUUGAAUACAAUGAGGAUAUACCGCUAUAUGGAGUUCAUAGACCAAUAUGGCCCGUUUACGGAGAAUAUUCGUACAUUCCAGCGCAAAGGUGGCUUCACAGCUUGGAGCAUGGUGCCAUUGUUAUGUUGUAUCAUCCAUGUGCAGAUAAGGUUGAAGUGAAGAAAUUAAAAUAUCUAGUAAAAAGUUGUCUACGCAGGCACAUUAUCACUCCUAACAACCUACUAGAUGAGAAAAGACCCUUGGCAUUGCUAUCAUGGGGUUGCAUAAUGAGCAUGUCUCACGUAAACAAGAAAGCUGUUGUGAAAUUUAUCAAAGAAUCUGCCGCCUCUGCUGGAAAUGCUCCGGAGAAAGAUAUUUACCGAGACGGCGAAUUCUCCGAUCAGAUUAAAGAGAAGGCCGCUAAUGUGUCUGAUGAAAAAGACUCAAUUUUAUGUCCAAUGUGAUUUGCUUAGUGUUAUUAAUUAUUCAUGAUCAAAUUUUAUUAAGUUUUAAAAAGAAAUGAGAUAAAUAUAAUAUAUAU